UCCCAGCCCAACUAACGAACCCAAACCGCCUCCACCACCACCACCACCUUUCCUCCGCCGCGCGCCAAAAUCCAAUCAAUCCCGCCGCACGUGCGCCGCUCAAGCUCCUCCUCAUUCCCUCCCAUGGUCCACCCCCACCACCGCCGUGCUCAUGCCGCGUCGUGCCGCCCGUAAACAAACGCCGCGGAGGGGGAGGUGAAUUCUUUUUUCUCGGGUAGGAGGACGGCGCUGCCGCUGCUGCGCACAGUAGUACGGGACAGUUGUCCGGGGAGAAUAGUUUAAUUCUCCGGGCCGGGUGGGGGUGGGGUGCGGGGCCGGCCUAGGUAAUGGCCGCCGUGCCCUCCUCGACCGUGCGCCUCCCGCACCUGCAGACCCCGCCCCGGCUUCCAGGGGUCGUCGUCUCCGCGCCCGCGCCGCCGCUCCUCUUCCCUUCCCCCCUAUCCGCCUCGCCUUUCUUGUCGCGGCCUUCCCGGUGGUUACGGGGAGGAGUCGUUGGCCUAGCCCCUUCUUGGCUAAUUUAGGAGGAGGGCCCUGCGCCUCUGGUGGGGGAGGAGGGAUCGAGUCCACGGCUCUCCCGGGCGGCGCUGCGGUGGCCGGAUUUGCUGGUGCCGGCGAAACUGCUGCCGAUUCGAUUUGAGCCUGGAAUAAUAAGCUUCGGUUGUCUUCGGCGGACUUCAAAGCGAAUGGCGUUUCCAGAUGAUGAAAAGAUGAAGGGCUGUCGUCCAAAGAUAUUCGGGGCGAAAGAUAAGAAAGCCGCGAAGAAGACAGACCGUCCAAGCUCCUCUGCUGUUAAAUCUGCACCAAGCUCCUCCAAGGCGCAAUCUUCUUCCCCAUUCAGACCACUUUCAGAAGUUAGGAGCAUGCGCGAAGUUCGGAGCAUGCGUCUGAGCCAUUUUCUAGCCCGUUCUCCAAGUGUCAUAAAAACUGAAUCUUUUAGGGUAUUUAUUUCUACAUGGAACGUUGGAGGAAACACACCUACCGCUGAGUUGAAUCUGGACGACUUCAUUCCUGCAGAUGACCACUCAGAUAUUUAUGUUUUAGGUUUUCAGGAAAUUGUCCCUCUCAAUGCUGGUAAUGUGCUUGUGAUCGAAGACAACGAACCAGCUGCAAGAUGGCUUGCUCUUAUAAACCGCACGCUAAACAGAACAGUUGACGGGGAUGCUGAUAUCUUCUGUCACAAGCCAUCUCUAUCCCUUGAUUCAACCUCUUCUCGAUCUUCAUCGAACCUUGAUGCUUCUUUCUCCAACCGCUCUGGUUCUGCAAUCUUCCAGUCCUCCUUAAAGUCUAUCAGGAAGCCUUACAUGCCAACUCAGAGAAAACUGCUCAAGAUCUGCAACUGCUCAGUUGAAAUGCCCAGGAAAUCCUACAAAGAUGCUUGCUUUGGAUGCCCACAAGCAUACAUUAAUGAGACCGACUCUUCGGAAGAAGAUGAAGUUGAUGACAGAUCAAAUAAUGCUUCUGGUUAUGUGGUUGAUGGAGUGAUUUCGUCUGCUUCUGCCUCUAGUGACCAGCUAAAAUAUAACCUCAUAUCUUGCAAACGAAUGGUUGGUAUUUUUGUUACAGUAUGGGCAAAGAAAGAACUAGUGCCGCAUAUCGGUCAUGUGAGGACAUCAUGUGUAGGCCGUGGAGUAAUGGGUUAUCUUGGAAACAAGGGAUGUAUAUCAGUGAGCAUGACACUGCACCAGACAAGCUUUUGUUUCAUCUGUAGCCAUUUGGCUUCAGGUGAGAAAGAAGGCGACGAGUUGCGGCGCAACUCAGAUGUUUUAGAGAUACUGAGGGCCACACAGUUUCCAAGAAUUUGCAGAAGAGCUGGGCAAAGAAUCCCUGAAAAAAUUAUUGACCAUGACCGGGUGAUAUGGUUGGGGGAUCUGAACUACCGUAUUUCCUUGAGCUAUGAAGAUACCAAGAAACUUCUGACGGAAAAUAACUGGGAUGCCCUUUUUCAAAAGGAUCAACUUAACACUGAGCGCGAUUCUGGAAGGGUAUUCAGGGGUUGGAGCGAAGAGAAGAUAUAUUUUGCCCCCACAUACAAGUACACUUUUAACUCAGAUUCUUAUUCUGGAGAAACUGCAACCUCAAAGAAAAAGAGGAGAACCCCAGCCUGGUGUGAUAGAAUACUAUGGCACGGAGAUGGGAUUGCGCAGUCAUCCUACUUCCGUGGGGAGUCUAAAUUUUCUGACCAUCGUCCUGUCUGUGGAUCAUUCACUGUGGAAGUGUAUUUGCUGGACGGCAAAUCAAAGAGGCGCACAUCUAACACUAAUAUUAGAAUUGGUGCUGAAGAGCUCUUACCGACGAGUAAGAAUAAGGUUACCAAAGGUGCUGGGACCAAAACCACAAAAUAAAUCGGCUCAUGUCAUGCCACUCAUGGAGGAAGGUGCUGAGGAAACUUUCUGCGGCUGCUGCUUGGUAUCUGUUUCCAGCAAAUUGUUUUCUCACAAAGAGAAAGGUGAUUAUUAUGUUGUACAGUAAAUGUAAUCACAUGUAGUUUUCCAAUGGCAAGAUUAGGUUAUAUACUUCAAAAAUUCCCACGAUAUUCUUUUUUGUUUGUUCGGUAGAGCAAGAAAGCCUCUGCACAGUUUUGCAAGUUGUGUCUUACAAACCACUGUAGUUGUAGAUGUGUCAAGCUUGAGUUUUGUCUGGAGCAAAGUUGUACUGAACGAAGGCAUCCAAUCAAAUUGUACAAUACAUUCUUUCUCAUCUUGAUACACAAGAUCAGUGUGAUGGUCA